CCUACUUUUAUCCGAUCCAAAUCCAUAUAAACUGACCAUGCGGACACCGACCGGUGGAAAAAGGUCCAGUUUUUUAAGAAAUGAGAGUGCCGGAGAAGGAAGGGAGCAUGAGCCCUUACUGGCUGUCGUCGACGAACUGGCUUGUUGCCGACGGAUCCCUAGAUGGCUCGAUCUCCUUCGAGACGUCGAUCAACGAUGGCGGGGAUGUGAUUCCGAUCGGCGUUCUUCUCGAGAGUCCGGCUGAUUCACCGCCCUGCGAGAUCACCGUCUUUUUCAGGGAAAGGCAUGAACUUCACAGCAUUUAUGUUCGGAGUUCGGCAAGGGUUUAUGAGAUAUAUCAUGCUUCUGAUGGUGAAGUUUCCAGUAAUGAAUACUUGUGUACUGUACGAUGUGGAACUGCUCUGCAAGAAGUAAGACAAGAUAUGUGCGAGCGGGCUUCGGCUGAAUAUAUUUAUUCAGAUUUUCCCAGGAGUAAUAGCAACAAUUUUUUGGAAGAUGGUUGGGUAGAAGUUGAGGUUCCUGAUUCACUACUAGAGGAUAAUAGAAGACCUUCCAUGUCACAUAUUUCUGUGGAAAAUAUUUGUCCCAAAACAAAGGUUAGCAAUAUGCAAUACGAGGCCACGGCUGAGAUUUCAGAUGCUAGUCCUUGUAUGUCUAUUACGCUUCGUUUGCUUUCACUUCAGAAUAAAACAUCGAUUCAUAUAGACGAGAUAUACAUAUAUGCUGAUCCAGUUGAAGAUAUUGAUCCGGAUCCGCCAGUUAGUAACAUUGGAGCGAGCUCUUUGUUGUCAAUGAUUGUGCCCAGUCUUCUGCAGUUAUCUAAGUCCGGAACCUCCAGAUUUCAACAGGAAGGCUUUUCUGAUGUAUUGGAAGGGCCAAAAUCUAUAUUCUCUACAGAGGGAGCAAUUCACGCAGUUUGUCCAAAUAAGUUUGAGGUGUCAGAAGUGGAAGCAUCAUCCUCUAUGUUGGGAAAUUCUAAGGUUGUGCUUGAUCAACAAAUCAAUGAGGAAAUGCAGGAUCCAGGACAGCCUUCAAAGGCCAAAACAGAUGAAAAUAAUCGAUUUCGGUGUUGUGUUGUGAACAUUUUGGAUGAACCAGUUGUCAGGCAUACCCAACCAAAUCUUGGGGAUGAAAAGUUGAGAUUGAUAGAGGAAGAAAAAGGUUUGGUUCAGUCACCAAUUGCUAUAAAUAAAGAAACUAAUGCUCCUUAUGUUCGUCUUGAGCAGAUCUUGAAUGAUCUGGUAUCUAGAAUGGGGAAAUUAGAGACUUAUUGCAUAAGUUUUCAGGAAAGCAUGCUUAAGCCCCUUGCUGGGAUUGAGAUGAGGCUUCAGAGGAUGGAGGAGCAGCUAGAUGCCCUUUCUAAAGUGCCUGUGUCAUCUGAAACGUACUUCAGGACAAAGACUUCAUGUCUUUCUGAUCAUGACUCUAACUUUGAAAAUGAAGGUGUUAAAUCUUCGUUUGCUGCAGUGGAAUCUACUUCUCACGAAAAAGAAGCAUCAGUUGAUCUGUUGAUGGUAUCUUCACCUGAAUCUGAGAAGAUCUCAGGACUCGUAGUCAAAGCACCUGAAUUUCCUUCUGAUGAUGAUGACAGUGUUGAAGAUGAAUCCAAUACUGGCUGUUCUAUAGAUUUGAAACCGAAUAAGUCCCCUCAAAAUGGCAAAUGCAAUUCCAUUGACAGUGCUUUAGCUUCCGCUCUAGCGGCGUUCGUCACAUCAACCACUGACAAAUCCUCUUUACAUAACUCACUUCCAAUGGAUGUGCCCAGCGAGCAGCAAAAUUGUGACGACCACUUCUUAGAUUCUGUUGCUGUUGCAGUUCAUUCAGAAGCUGAUAGAAUUUCAGUUCCUGAGUGGUUUAUAGGAGAUAAAAACGGCGAUGUGCUAGAUCAAGGCCAGGAUGAAAUGCGUGAGAGUGUAAAAACCUGUUCAGAUGUGGUCAAUCCUAACAUCACAUCAAACGAGUUUGAUAUGAUUGAUGGAACAGGAGCAAAGGUGCAUGGUAACUAUUUAUCUGAUGAAUCUAUUCUAGUGGAUGAAGAUGAUUCAUCAGCUGAAAUUGAGACACAUGAGUCUAAUGGUUUCAUAAUUAGGGCACCGGAGUUUCCAAAUAAAGAUGAUAUUCUUGACUGUGGUGAAAAUUCUGAGCCCAAUGUCUGCAAUUACCCCAGCACACAUUCACAUACCCUCCCUCAUUCUCGUUUAACUCCUUUAGCAUUAUAUCUAUCCUCAAGAAAGGUUAUUGCCUCCCGAAACUACUCGAAAUUACAGGAUGACCAAUUAGAGCUAUCUUCAUCUGAUAGAAGUAGCCUUUCAUUAACUUCCGAAGCUCAGGGAGGUUCAACAGCUGAUUCAUCGCUACUGGACUGCUUUCUUUCUCAAGGAGGUUCACCGCAGCAGCUAGAUAUUUUCCACGCCACAGCAGUUAUUGGAGAAGAAAGUUCCAGCACCGUACAUCCUGGCAUGGAAGAUGCUGAUCAUGUUUUGAAAUGUGAUGGAUUUCAUUCCCAUGGAACGAGCAAAGUUUGUCCUUUCACACAUAAUCUACUGCUCUACAAUGGACUUCAUACAGACAGAAGCAGCAUUUGUAUCCAGGAUAAGGAAUUCUGGGUAAGUGGGUCUGAGUUGCGAAUUGGUAAAUUUGAGGCCGCAGGCACACCAGUUUUUGAGGACAUUUUCUUGAGCAGUAAACUGCUUCCUCAAUGCUAUGAUUCAAAUGGCAUGGAUUCUUUCAUUGGGGACAACAGUGGAAACUCUGAAACUGUAAUCCAAUGUCAAUCUCUUAACGUCAUUAAGCAGACAAAAUCCCUCUUCAAGCCUAUGCUGGCUUCAAGUUUCAUUCCAAAUCAAGAUGAUUCAACCACCAAUGUCGAAUUUUCCGCAGAUAAAAAUUUAAGAAGUUGGCUUCCCCUUGAAAUCCUGCUGGAUGAAAAACAAGAAGUUGAUCCAAAGAAGGAUGAUCUGCUUAAAUUUGUGCAAGAAUCUUCUGUGGAUGGAAAUUUGAGAAGCGGGCUUCUUCAACUGGAUAAAAAUCCAGAUGAUCAGGUGGAGAAUAGUGACUAUGGUAUUGAUGAGUAUAAUAUUGAACAAAAUUCGAAACCAGCCCAUGGCUUCAGACACAACAACUAUGAAAUAGCUGAAAAUAAUCUAUUGGAUAUAGAAGAUAAUGUUGUCCAGUUUGAGAUGGCCAUGCCUGGUACUCCGCAGAAUCCUGCAAGCUUCAGCAGUGAAAAUAUCACCCCAAGCCUCAUAUAAUAUUUUUACUCUGGAAAAGAAUGCGCAACCGAGAUCCAAUUGUACAUAGAACAUGUGAAGUUUUACAGAUUAAUGGCAGACCUUGGCUGACAGUUCGAUUCUUGUGGCGUAGAGAUUAUAGAUUUGAAUCUGAAAAUAACUUUUCCACCGCAGCAACAAAGCUUCAUCCCUUCUGAGUUAUCCUAGUGAUGAGAGUAUUCUGAAAUAAAGGAACCCAGCUAUGUAAAUAUUUAAUGUUGCCUGGUGAUGACUAAUAAGUUUACAUGUUAAGCUUAUUUCUCCUCUACUAUUGGCCGUGAGGCCGUCUGUGUGUGUAUGUUGGCCAAAGUCUAGCCAAUAAUGCUUGUUUUAUGAGCUUAAUUGUGUCAUUAGUGUGUCAUAAAAUUGUUACAAUUAUGUUGUGGGUGCAGUAGUUGGCCUGAUAAAUUCUCAGUUAUGCUUGUUAUUUCAAGAUUGCUCAUCA